GCGGGGAUCGCGGGCGCGGCGGCGGGAACGAAGGCACUGGAGAUGAAGCUGCGCAAAGCAGCGGUGUGGAUGCCGACUGUGUCCGUCGUUGCUACUGCAGCUCCUAAUGGUGUGAAGAAGGAAGCCUCGGGAACGAUGGCGGACGAGUUGGCGAGGAUUAAUACGGAUAGAAAGAGAAGGGGCGCCUUUAUGAUGGACGCGUUUGCGCACGCAGCGGCGGUCGAGUUGGGGAUGCUGACGCGCGAGGGCCGGUGGUAUGCGGAGAGCGUCGCGCGGGAGGCGAUGUGGGAGGGGGACGAGUCGGAAUGGCUCGCGGGGGCGAUCGUGCUCAGGGGGUUCAUACGGUGCAGGCCGUUGGAGAAUCCGAAGCGGGCGGAGUAUGAGCGAUGGUUGAGGGCGUACGAGGCACGCUGGAGGGAGUUUAGGGACGAGCAUCGGCAGGCGAUGAUGGCCGAAGUAAUUAUGGGUGCAAAGCAAGACAUUUUGGCACUCUGAAGGGCUUUUGUCCUGUGUCCUCCUGGUUUCUUGGAUAGCUUUGAUGGAUUUCCACCAACACAUGUAUUAUAUACUCUCCCGUUUGUUGCGCCAUCGUUGCAAGCGGACAGAUACUUGUCUGUCCCUUCGAAAAUUUGUUGCUCUCCAG